AUGCAAACUAAACGAUACAUCAGGAAUCUAGCUCUUGCUAUUCUUGGUUUUUCUGCGGUUAAUGCUCAAAGUAACACUGGAAACUCAUCUGACUCUAGCACUUACAGUGUUGAUACUGCAGCUUAUUAUGGCGUUAACUUUGAUGAGCUGCAAGGAUAUGUCACUUCUGGAAAGACUUUAACAGUCACAGUUACCUCUUGUCCUAACCAUGCUUGUGAGCAGCCUGAGACAAUUGUCACUGUCACUGAAUGUCCAGUUCUUUUUCCUACAACACAAUCUGAUCAACCUUUUACAACUCUUAUUCCUCAAACCAUCUAUCCUACCUCUCAAACAUCUACAACUUCUACAUCUCAAGUUCCCAGUUCUAGUCCUAGUACAAGCCCAAGCACGUCUGCAGAACCUGUUUCCCCUGUUACUGUCUACACAACUGUGAAGGAGCCCACUACUGUUAUUGAAACUUCUACUCUUCUUAGUACUGUUAUCUCCGUUUCGGAAGGCACCAAUUUUACUAUCACUGAGUCCCACAGUACGACAACCACGCAGAUAGUCACGGAAUCACACAGCACCACUCAAACUGUCAUUGAAACUCAGCCGACAACUAUUGUAUCUGAGUCAACUGUUAUUGACAAAGAAACUUUUGUUUCAACUGUGGAAAAAGAAGUUACUGUCUAUUCUACUUACACUACUGAAAAAGCGGGCGUUAACUACACUUAUACUGAGCUUGUUACUAACACUCAAACACUCCCGACUACUAUUGUUCAGACACAAACUCAAGUUCAAACAGUGGAGCAGCCCACAACUAUUGUACAAGAGUCUACUAUUGUUCAAACUCAACUUCAAACUGUUCCAACAACUGUUUACAACGAAAAAACAAUUGUUCAAACUCAGGUUAAUACUGUUACUGAUGUUGUUACUUACACUACCGAAAAGGCUGGUCAACCAGUUACUGUUGUUGAGACUCAGACUGCUCUUCAAACCGUUCCUACCACUCUUGUUCAAACUCAAACUCAAAUUCAAACUCAGGUUCAAACUGUUCCUACUACCAUUGUACAAGAAUCUACUAUUGUUCAAACUCAACUUCAAACUGUUCCAACAACUGUUUACAACGAAAAAACAGUUGUUCAAACUCAGGUUAAUACUGUCACUGAUGUUGUUACUUACACUACUGAAAAGGCUGGUCAACCAGUUACUGUUGUUGAGACUCAGACUGCUCUUCAAACCGUUCCUACUACUCUUGUUCAAACUCAAACCCAAGUUCAAACCCAGGUUUUCACUCAAGUUCAAACUGUCCCUACCACUAUUGUUCAAGAAAGCACUAUUCUUGUUCCCACCACUGUUUAUAAUGAAAAGACAAUUGUCCAAACUCAAGUCAACACUGUCACUGAUGUUGUUACUUACACUACUGAAAAGGCUGGUCAACCAGUUACUGUUGUUGAGACUCAGACUGCUCUUCAAACCGUUCCUACUACUCUUGUUCAGACUCAAACUCUUGUUCAGACCCAAACCCAAGUUCAGACUCAGAUUCAAACUCAAGUUGUACCUACUACUGUUUACAAUGAAAAGACCGUUGUCCAAACUGUUCAAAAUACCGUUACUUCUGUUACUACAUACACAACGCUCAGCCAAAGUCAGAUUUGCACAGUUACUGAGACUCAAACUUCUGUGCAACAUGUUCCUACUACUGUUGUUCAAACCCAAGUUUUGACCUUUUAUAAUACUGUUCCAACUACUGUUCCAACUACUGUUUACAACGAAAAGACAAUUGUUCAAACUGUCCCCACUACUAUUGUUCAAACCGUUCCCACUACUGUUGUUCAGACAGUUGAAAACACAGUUACUUCUGUAACUACAUACACAACGCUUAGCCAGGGUCAGAUUUGUACAGUCACUGAGACCCAGACUUCUGUUCAGCAGGUUCCUACAACCCUGGUUCAAACUCAGUAUCAGACUCAAGUUCAAACUCAAAUUCAAACUCAAGUUCAGACUCAAGUUCAAACUCAAGUUGUUCCCACUACUGUUGUUCAAACUGUUGUUCAAACUGUUGAGCAACCUGUUACUAUUGUCAACACCGUCACUAGUGAGAAAGAAGGUAAAGUUGUCACUGUCCUUCAGACUCAGACUUCAAUCCAACAAGUUCCCACCACAAUUGUUCAGACUGCUGUUCAAACCCAAGUUCAAACCCAAGUCCAGACUCAGGUUCAAACUCAGGUUGUUCCCACUACUGUUGUUCAGACCCAGGUCUUGACCCAAGUUCAAACUGUUCAGCAGCCCGUUACAUAUACCACUGAAAAAGAAGGUAAAGUUGUUACCGUUGUUGAAACACAGACAGCUCUUCAAACUGUUCCUACUACUGUUGUUCAAACCCAAGUUCAAACUCAAGUUCAAACUCAAGUUGUUCCCACUACUGUUGUUCAAACUGUUGUUCAAACUGUUGAGCAACCUGUUACUAUUGUCAACACCGUCACUAGUGAGAAAGAAGGUAAAGUUGUCACUGUCCUUCAGACUCAGACUUCAAUCCAACAAGUUCCCACCACAAUUGUUCAGACUGCUGUUCAAACCCAAGUUCAAACCCAAGUCCAGACUCAGGUUCAAACUCAGGUUGUUCCCACUACUGUUGUUCAGACCCAGGUCUUGACCCAAGUUCAAACUGUUCAGCAGCCCGUUACAUAUACCACUGAAAAAGAAGGUAAAGUUGUUACCGUUGUUGAAACACAGACAGCUCUUCAAACUGUUCCUACUACUGUUGUUCAAACCCAAGUCCAGACUCAAGUUCAGACACAAGUUCAGACACAAGUUCAAACUCAAGUUGUUCCUACAACUAUUGUUCAGACUCAGGUCUUGACUCAAGUUCAAACUAUUCAAACCCCUGUUUAUGUCACUGCCACGUAUACUACUGAAAAGGAAGGUCAGAUUGUUACUGUCACUGAUAUUCAAACAUCAAUUCAAGAAGUCCCCACUACAGUGCUUCAAACUCAAGUAGUUACUCAAGUUAACACUCAGACUGUUGAACAUCCAACCACUGUUAUUCAACCCACUACUGUGAUCGAAACUCAAGUAAUCACUCAGCUUCAAACUGUAGUUCAAACUGUAGUUCAAACUGCUGUCCAAACUGUCACAGAUUUUAGUACUUAUACUACGGAGAAACAGGGUUCUGUUGUCACUGUUACAGAUGCCUAUACCUCGGUUCAGACUGUGCCCACCACUCUUAUUCAAACGCAGUUGCAAACAGUCCCCACCACUAUUGUUCAAACUCAGUACAUUACUCAAUUGCAAACAGUCCCAACUACUAUCCUUCAAACAGUUGAGAUUCCCACAACUAUUAACAAUGUUGAGACUAUUGUUCAGACAGCUUUCCAAACAGUAACCGAGUUUAGCACUUACACCACAGAAAAUCAGGGAGAAGUAGUUACCGUAAGUGAAGCUUAUACUUCAGUUCAGACGGUUCCAACUACUAUUGUUCAAACCCAGGUGCAAACACAGGUUGAGACUCAAGUACAGACUCAAGUUCAAACUCAAGUCCUAACUCAGGUUCAAACUGUUCCAACAACUGUUCUUCAGCCUACAACCAUUAUCCAGCCCACUACCAUUGUUGAACCCACUACUAUUGUUCAAACAGUAGAAAAUACUGUUACUCAAGCAACAACAUACACCACCGAAGAGGGUGGUGCUAUUGUUACUGUUACUGAGCAAGUAACUAAUGUCCAAACUGUUCCUUCCACAAUUGUUCAAGAUAAUACAAUUAUUCAACAAGUCACUGUUACUCCUGCUCCAACAACGGUUACACAAACUCCCGUUACUCAAGCCCCUGUUGCUACACCAUCUUCCCCUACUACCCCAACUACUAUUUCGCCAGUCGAGACUUCUCCUGUGCCCGCCCCUGAACAAUCUUGUUCUCAUGUCACUAUUUAUGUCACACUUCCUCAAGCUACUGUCACGGUUACUGCUCAGCCUUCUGCUGCUCAGUCAUCUACUGCUCAGCCUUCUAGUGUUCAACCGUCUUCCGCUGCUCAAGCACCAGUUAACCCAGUGACUUCGUCAUCAGCUUCAAGCUCUGUGUCUGUGCCAGCAGUUGUUUCAUCAACGAACUCAACUGUUCUCACGCCAAGUGUUGCUCCUGUUCCAGUAAACGGAGCUACUUCUAUCAAUAUUAGCAUCUUCACUGCACUUUUUGCAUCAGUGUUCGUCCUUCUUUUUUAA